AUUGCUAAAAAGUACCUUUAGUUAUACCAUUGGAGUGGACUUACGAUUACAAGUGUAUAACAUUUUAUACAUUCCCCCAUGCCUUGUCGCAAGUUCUUAGAUUGGGAGGGUGUACCAUUUUCCUCCACAACAAAAGUAAAAUUUAGAAAUGAACAAAAUGAUGCAGUGAUGCCAGAAUCCAUGAAAGAAGAGAUCAUCUUGGAGGGAGAAGAAAUUUAAUACUCCAUCCUAUUCAGUUUAUGUGUCCCCUUUUCUUUUAUGGUCAAGUCAUUUUAAUUGUCCCAUUUCUAUUUUUGGUAUAAAUUUUUGACUUUUAUGCCCUUGGUAGCUUUAUCCUAUUUUCUAUUAUACCCUCCAUUAUCCAUACUAAUUUUCCUCCCUUAUAUUAAAAACUCGUAAUAUCACUCUCUAUUCUACCCUUAAAGUUCUACUUUUAACUUUUUUUUUUAUCCAUAAAAAGUCAAAUAGGACCAGAAUAAAAUGCAGUAUUUAAUAAUCCCCUUUUAGAGAAAUUCGGAUUCUUCGUCGAUACUUACUAGAUAUUUCGUCAUCUUCCUUCUUUUUCUUUCUCUCAGAAAUUUAAUAUUCUAAUUUAUUUUUCCAAGAAAUACCUGCAUCGGUAAGUACAAUAUAGUAAAACUUCGUCAAUUCUUUCUUCGGUUGUAUAGGGGUGUUUACGCCGUCAAUUCAAGUUUCCUAGAUGGGAUCGAACCCUUCUUCAUGGUUCGUAACUUCUCCAUCUACCAAUAAAAUCUGAAUCUGAGUUGUCUAUUAGGCAAUUAGGUGAAUUUCUUCAUCUGGGUUUCUUUCCAUUUGUGGGAAUUUGUUCUUUUUGUCCAAUUUUUAUUCCUAAUCAUAUGGAAAAUUUUGGAUUUUGUACUUUUUUGCAAUUGGAAACUUAGGCAUACAGGUAGCAAUAGGCAAACUUCCAUUGAGAUGGGAGAAUACAAUGGAGUAAGAUAUUCUGGUAUUGAUAAUGCUCUAUCUUCACCAAGGGCUGAGAAAUCUAAAAAGGUUUCAUUACUACCACUUGUUUUCCUCAUCUUUUAUGAGGUUUCGGGAGGUCCAUUUGGGGUUGAGGAUAGUGUUGGUGCCGCUGGACCUUUGUUAGCUCUUGUAGGGUUCUUAGUAUUCCCCUUUAUAUGGAGUGUUCCUGAGGCAUUGAUCACAGCAGAAAUGGGAACAAUGUUUCCUGAAAAUGGGGGUUAUGUUGUUUGGGUUUCAGCUGCUUUAGGGGAUUACUGGGGUUUUCAGCAAGGUUGGAUGAAGUGGAUUAGUGGUGUUAUUGAUAAUGCAUUAUACCCUGUUCUGUUUCUUGAUUACUUCAAAUCAGUAGUUCCUUUGGUAGGCCAUGGUUAUCCAAGGACUUUAGCAGUGCUAGUUUUGACUGCUGUUCUUACAUUCUUGAACUAUAGGGGUUUAGCUAUUGUUGGAUGGGUUGCUGUUCUGUUGGGUGUGGUGUCUAUUCUUCCUUUUGCUGUUAUGGGACUAUUGGCGGUUCCAAAAGUGGAGCCGUCUAGAUGGCUAGUAGUUGAUCUUAAAAAUGUCAACUGGGGUUUGUACUUAAACACCCUCUUUUGGAAUUUGAACUACUGGGAUUCAGUAAGUACCCUUGCUGGUGAGGUCGAGAACCCAAAGAAGAAUCUACCAAAAGCCUUAUUUUACGCUCUGAUAUUUGUUGUUGCUGCCUAUUUCUUCCCCCUUUUAGUCGGGACUGGGGCAAUUCCUCUUGAUCGGAGCCAAUGGUCUGACGGGUAUUUUGCUGAUGUCGCCAAAAUUAUCGGUGGAACAUGGUUAUGUUGGUGGAUUCAGGGUGCCGCUGCAAUGUCUAACAUGGGUAUGUUUGUUACUGAAAUGAGUGGCGAUUCUUUCCAGCUUUUGGGUAUGGCAGAGAGGGGCAUGCUUCCUGAAAUUUUCGCUAAGAGAUCACGUCAUGGAACCCCUUUAAUUGGCAUAUUAUUCUCAGCUUCCGGUGUACUUCUACUGUCUUGGUUGAGCUUUGAAGAGAUUGUGGCCGCUGAGAAUUUUUUAUACUGCUUCGGAAUGAUUUUGGAAUUCAUUGCUUUUGUGAUCUUACGCAUAAGACAACCAGCUGUUUCUCGGCCUUACAAGAUUCCUGUUGGGACAAUCGGAGCUAUUCUGUUGUGUAUACCGCCCACGGUAUUAAUAUGUGUCGUUCUGGCUCUUUCAUCUGUUAAAGUCAUGGUAGUGAGUCUUAUAGCUGUGGCGAUUGGCCUUGUGAUGCAUCCUGCUCUCAGAUACUGCAAGGAAAAGAGAUGGCUGAAGUUUUCUGUAAGUAUUAAUCUUCCUGAUCUUCAAGCUGAUGUGCAUGAGAACACUCAAUCUUUAGUUCCUUAGUUGGUUGUGAUUGAAACAAAAAGGGCUAACCAUAUCUAGAGAAUCAAUGUUACAUAGAAGAAUAUGCAAUAUGUUCUGAUAUGUUGAUGAUCAUUGUUCUUUAUAUCUUUAUAGGUGACAUGUAUGUUGUAGUUUUAUAUUCACUCGUGUUUUUCAUUUGUUGUUUUAGCAUCUGAUUGUGGCUGGUUGUUUACUGUAAAUCAUCUUGUUUUUAAUUGAGAUUAUAGUGGCAAUUGAAAAUUACAAAAAAAGGAUUUGGCUUUCA